AUGAACAGAUCUAGGUGGCAAAAUGAAGGGCCUCCUUUGAUACCAAAAAAGCAAACUCACGAUCCCGAAAAGCAGAGGCUCAUGUCAAAAAAUAACAACUCGAGCUCGGAUGGAGAGGAAAUGUUUUCGGGAAUGAGGAGUAAGUUCCCAAAAAUACCGGAUUUUGACCAAAUGGGAGAUCUUGCGAAAGGAGCGAGUGAUAAGUUGAGCGGCAUUCCAGGAGCAGAUAAAUUUGGAAAUCUUGCUGGAGGUCUUCAGGACAAACUUGGGCAAUUCCCUGGGAGCGCUGCUCAAGCGGCGGCAGGACUGCAGGAUAAAAUGAGCGGAAUCCCUGGAAUGGAUAAAUUUGGGGAUAUUGCUGGAGGUCUUCAGGAUAAAUUCGGUCAACUACCUAGUUCUGCUGCUCAAGCUGCUGCUGGACUUCAGGAUAAGAUGAGUGGAAUACCUGGAAUGAAUAAAUUUGGGGAAAUGGCUGGAAACCUUCAGGACAAAUUCGGUCAGCUACCAGGAUCAGCGGCAGAAGCAGCCGCUGGAUUGAAGGAUAAAAUGGGGAAUCUUCAUCCUGAUACUGGCAAAUAUGGAGAUAUGGCCCAAGAUUUGGCGUCAAGAGCUACUUCUGGACUGAAAGACAGAUUCAAUCGAGAUUCUGGCCGAGACUCAGAUUAUCGCGAUGGACGAAAUUCGCAAAACUCGUCCAUGCGCCAGAGACUUCACGAUUUCGACGGGCCGCCAGAUCGCAACCCGAACGAACCGUACAGAACUAAGAGCAUGAACACUCUCAAUUCUAGAGGGGAGUACAGCGAAAACACGACAGAUCAAAAUCGCAAGCACGGAAAUAGAGUCAAUACUCUCAAUAGCCAAGCGUUGAAUUCUGCCCUGAUUGUUGGAAAUUUCAUUACAGUUAAGGGCGAAAUCGAGAAGAUGGUGUUUUGCAGCUACUACUGCAAAAUUGAUACUUCGAAAGAAUGCAUGGACAUGCUCAGAGAUCAAGAACGAAGCAAAGAAUUUUGUGUCUUCUACCCAAGAUUGCUGAAAUUGGUUCUGGCUUCGGUCUCGAUUUUGCUGCAAAUUCUUUUUGGAAUGAUCGAAAUUUCACUGCUCAUUGAACAAAAGAAGACGCGAAACAUGAUUUGA